AUGGUCAACACCGCGAGCAGUGGAGACGAGACGGGUGUUUCGCGGCGGCUUGGGUGUGCGAAGAACAGCGCGUCACUGGAGAGUUCGACGAAUUCCACGGUUGCAAGCAGCGUCGAUCUGAUGAGGCCGGAGAGCACGAUGGACGGCAUGCUGACGAGGGGCGUGGCCAGCGACGUGGAGGUGAUGGAAAAAAAGAUGAGCAGUGGAGUUAAAGGAGUUGCGAGUAGGGUUUCCAUUCCAAACGGUGUUAAGAAGAUGAUCAAUAAUAUAAAGGAAAUUACUGGGCAGAAUCACAGUGAAGAUGAGAUUUAUGCUAUGCUCAAGGAGUGCAACAUGGAUCCCAACGAAACAACCCAGAAGCUUCUACUUCUCGAUACAUUCCAUGAAGUCAAAAGAAAACGUGAUAGGAGAAAAGAGGUCUUGACUGGUUCGAAUGCUGCCUAUACUUCUCAGAAUAUGUCUAAGGAGCCUUCAGAGUCAAAGUGGAAGCCGGGUCCGCAGGCUCGUUCAAAUAGGGGCCGUGGGAACCAUCCAUCACGAUAUGUGCCUCAAGAUGCUGGUGUUGGAAGAAAUGUGGCUGUUGUAAAGGAAAAUGCUGCCAGUGACCUUACUGAUAAGGGUAUCGGCAAGGUCCCCUUGGCUACUUCACAAGACUUGAGAAAGAAUGAAACUUCUUCCUUCGCAAGCCCUGCUACUGUUGCAUCCAAUGGUCCAUCUGGUAAUACCUCCCAGAGUACCAAUGUUAUACACGAGAAUCAUGGUGAGGGUACAAUCACUAUUGGUUCCGUUAAGAACACCAAUGAUCUGGGGGCAAAGAAUAUAAAACAGCACCAAAUUCUGGAUAGCAACAGCUCAUUAUCUGUUCCUUCACCACCUGCUGCAGGAUCUUAUUUGUCUUCUUUAGAUAUUGUACCAUUGUCUUCUUCUCAAGACUUAAAACUCCCCAGUGCAGUGACCACUAUCCAACCUGAAUUGGGAACUCAGGAUUCCCCCACUGAACAGCUUGAUGAUAAUCUUACCGAGAGCAAAGCAGCUUCUGCUGAAAUAUCUGCUUUUGAGGUUGGGACUGCCACUUUGGAGCAAAAGGUGCCAAAUGAAUUCCAGGGAGUUGAGAAGAAUCAGCAUUCGGGGUCCAUGCAGACUGCAUCCUCUGCUGUCAGUAGGCCUUCAUCUAAUUACAACAAUAGGUCUCAAGUGACUGGCCCGCAAAAAGUGGGUCCUGGCAAGGAGUGGAAACCUAAAUCCACAAUUCCCCAUAUCAGUCAAGGUGGCACUACUAGUAGUUCAUCGGAGGCUCUUGUGGUAUCUGGUGAAAGUCAUUCUGAACCACAGACAACUCCCAUUCUCACUUCAAAAGCAGCCACUUUGGAGCUGCAGAGGAAGUUGGAAGGAACACAUAUUUCAGAUAGUCAGCAUGUGAUUAUUCCCGAUCACCUGCAUGUCCCUGAAGUUGAAAAACUUGGAUUUUGUUUCGGGAGUUUCGAUGCUAGUUUUGGAUUGGACAUAAACCAGACUGGUGUUUCUGGUAGUGAGAAGCAUCCACUAAUGUCAGAAUCCUCUGAUCCCGUUGAUGGACCGGAGAAGGAGCUCCAGUUGAGUUACAGCAACCAAGAUGCAUCAGUAGCUACAGAGGAUACUGAUGUAAAGGAUACUGAUGUAAAGUAUCCUGACCAGCCCCAAUCACCUUCACAAGGACCAGAAAACUUCCCUACGAAUGAGGUUGAAGUAUCGUCGUCCAUUAACCCUGAUUAUAGUGAAUCAAAGCCGGAGGGUGCUCCAGGAAUUUAUCAACACCCUAUGGUCCAUACUUCAAACUAUAGUUUUGGUUUUAUGCCACCAACAUUGGGCGGCCAGCUUGCACCUUCAGAAAUUUCAGAAUCUCAAGCACGGGAUGCUUCUCGAAUGCCAGGCUUUGUGGUGCCUCAAUCUUUUGAUCCAGCAAGUUAUUUUGCCCAAUUUUAUCGCCCUGGCUUGGAUAGUGAUGGCCGCAUUUCCCCUUUCCAACCAGCUGGGCCUGCAAACAAGUACACGGGAAAUGCUGCUUUGGUAUCUGCACAGACUUCUCAGACUCCUCAAGAGGGUAGUGUCCCUCUUGUUCUGUCUACAGCGUCUCAAACACCUCUUGUUACCCAAGCUGCUGGGAUAAUGCAGAGCACUAUGACUGCAACCCAGCAACCCCUUCCAGUUUUUCGCCAUCCGACUGGACUUCAUCUGCCCCACUAUCCUCCUAACUACAUGCCAUAUGGGCCCUAUUUCUCCCCAUUCUAUGUUCCGCCACCUGCCAUUCAUCAAUUUAUGAGUAACGGUGCAUUUCCUCAGCAGCCUCAGGCUGGCGGCGCUGGUUUGUAUCAGUCAGCACCCGGGACAAAUGCCAAAUCUUCGGUUUCUCAAUAUAAGCAAGGAUCAAACAUGAGUAACUCAAUUCAAAUUGGAGUGCCUGGCAAUUUUGGGACGUAUGGUCUUUCCAUGCCGAACUACACGUCGGGGUCAACCACAGCAGCUGCUACUUCAACGUCCAAUGAGGAUAUUGCGGCUCCUCAAGCAAAGGAGAACAAUGCCUAUGUCAGUGGCCAACAGAAUGACGGUUCUGGUGUGUGGUACACUGCGCCUGGUCGUGAUAUUUCAGCCUUACAGGCUAGUUCUUUCUACAACCUUCCUCAGGGACAGCUGGCUUUUGCCCCAUCACAGCCAGGCCACGGGCCCUUCUCAGGGGUUUUUCAUCCAGCACAGGCAGUGACAACAGCUAAUAUUCACCCGCUUUUGCAACAACCUCAAGCAAUUACGAAUAGCCCUGUUGAUAUGGUGGGACCAACACCCAGUGUUUACCAGCAGCCGCAGCAUACACAACUAAACUGGCCGAGUAACUACUGA